AUGGCACAUGCAGCACUACUAGACAAGCUCACCGACGGCCUUGUCACUGCACUUACGGGCCAGACAGCUAGAGAUGCCGGCUAUCGCGCAUUGAAAAGCCAGGCUGUAAGAGGUCUGCGAGACAAGAGUCAUGCCCGGACCAACCAGUUCGCCGUCAAGGCAAGACUGAAUGGAAUCACGGAGAAGUUGGCUGUGCUAAACCGUGAUGACUUGGCAGACGCCUUGCAAGAACGUCUCGAAGAGCUGCCUUCAAGCUCGAAAUGGACGCCUGAACUGCUCUCGCUGUUCUUGGACCUCUCGGAUUGUCCAGCCUCGAAGACCAUUCUGAGCCAUGUGGUAGUCCCAGAAGAUGAUCAGAACACAAGACCUCAGCUGACUUGGGAGGAGAUUGUGGCUGAUGAUCCACUCGAUGAACCUGGAGUCUGGGACGAUGUUGAUCGUGGCUACCACUCGAGUGCUGACAACUCCUCUGAUUCCGAGCUCGAUUCUGAGCCCACGGUCUCGACGAGUGCUACUUCUGUGCACGAAGACCUCAGCGCGAUAGCAAGACUUCACCUCUCCCAACCGGAUAUGAGCAUAACUUCACCUGUCCACGAAACCCUGCAGAACUGGAAGGAAGACUCGGGAACUUGCAGCUUGUCGGAGCUCACGCUCGUACGCGAGAUGUUGCUGAUGCUACAUGGUCUGCCUACGAAUCUCUUCUCCCGCGACAGCUCCACUGGCCGAGUGACAAUGUCAAGGAGGAUGGAACUGGCAACGACGAGCACCACCUCUGUCAACGAUGUGGUCACCAGCUGUGUCAAGCUCGCUUCUGCACUAAACUACCUGCGGAUGUGGAUCAGAAGCUCGCAGAGUCUCCUGUACAUGCGUGCUGUUCAGGCCGAGCUACAGAAACUGCUCAAGGUUUUUGAUGAUGGGCUUGUCGCUAUGCAACGGCGCUACAUAGAACCGCACCCUAAGACUGUCGUCAGCAUUGUUGAUGUUGCCACAGAGGCGCACGCUUCAGCAGUUCCGCUCGUACAUCUGUCAUCAAUAGUCCAAGUGGUGGCACUCUCUACAGGUCAGGCUCAACAGCUGGUCAUGCUUGACACUUUGUACGACGAAGCUUGCCUCGCGCAAGUGUCAGGAGCUACAGCGUCUUUCUUACCGAUUGUCAGGGUCUUCUGUGCUGCACUGCGAGGCUAUUUGAGACCAAUCGCAGCAUGGACUAUGUUUGGAAGAACGGAAUUCAACAAUCAUGAGAUUUCACUAGUGGUAGUCGUGGAAAAGGACUGUGCCCUGGGCCACAUCUGGCGACAGAAGUAUGCAGAGAAUUGCGCAGUCGAUGGCAGCAUUCUCGUACCCAAUUGCCUUGCCGCGAACACCAGCAAGCUCUUCGCCUUGGGUAAAAGUCGAGCUUUCUUCCGUCUUUUGCAGCCAAGUUCGGAUGAUGCGUCGACCCUGCAAGAUACAGAUCUGCCGAACUUCGAAUCAAUGCAGCAUCAGCUGGCUCAACACAGCCUCCUGCUUUUUCCUCAGCUACUAGACGAAGAGUUGCAAUCCUGGAUCACACGCAUCGGAAACGAUUGCACUCCACAACUUCUCAACAGUCUUUGGCACGAAAACUACCUGUCUCGGACAAUGGCAGCCUUGCCCAACGUGUUCUUCUCGGCAGACGGGGUUUUGUUCCAAGACUUUGCCAGUGCCGUCGAGACACGAGUCAUUGCGAAAGGCGAGUCGAAAGCCUGGAACGACCAGUUCAUGCUGGCUGAACUCGCACGAAACACGCUUGGUACCUGCGAAGAAGUUGACGCCGAUUGCAUUCAAAUCCAUACUCCCACUGGACACACAGCUCCAUCAACGACUCGCGCCCUCGACACUUUCAGCCUGGAGUACAAAUUUCCCUGGCCCAUACAAAACAUCACGGGCUGCAGUACUUCGUCAACGCACGCCAAGGUCUUCGCAUUCUUGUUGCAAGUUCAUUACGCCGGAAGUCUGCUUACGAAGAACUUCUUCUCUCUCCGCUCAGGACCACAACGCUCUGCUCCACAUGUAUCGUUGAGGCAGAAACUCCUCUGGUUCACAGAAAUCAUACAUUUCUUCAUCACCUCCACUGCUAGAACGAUACAUCAAGAGACGCUUGAACUGAUGCUCAACGCCACCGAUAUUGAUGCUAUGAUUGCGAUCUGGCAAGACUAUGAUCGAAGAUUACAGACGAAUCUGCUUCUGCCAGCGAAUCUUGAACCUGUGCGAGAUACAAUCACUGGUAUUCUGGAGUUGAGUGAGCUCUUGGCAAGAACCACACGAGCGGAAAGUGUUAAAACUCUGUUGAAUCAAUUCAAUGAGAGUUUGAGCAUUUUGGUGGCGGCCAUUCGAGGACUGAGUCGAGCUGGUGGUGCAGAGAUGGCCAUGGAGACUCUGGCGGAGAGGUUAGAAUGGAGUGGAGUGGGUUGAGAUGGUGCUACCUGGGAUGGACGUGGAAGUGGAUCGGUCGGCUACGACAAGAUCGAUUCGGUAAGCCGAAUCUACCUAGGUAUCCACUAGCAUUAAGCAACUACCAGGUACCUAACCUGAGGUGGGUAUGUAUCUUUCAUCAUCGUACAAUUAC